AUGUCGUCAAACUAUACCACAACAGACUAUCUCCUCGACCGGGCCAACAUUCACGACACUGUAACAAAGCUGGCAUGGUACUACGACACACGCUCGGAAGCCGGUCUACGCGAUGAGGUCUUCGCGCCGGAGCUCCGAGUCGACUACUCCAAGAUCCUGGGUGGUGAGCCCUUCACCAUAGCCGGCCCUGCACAUUUGAUUAUCGAGCUGCCGCAGCCAGGCUCAUCGUCAUCAUCAUCACCGCCUCCGGUGAAAUGUACUGUCCUCGGGCAGUGUGGUGCGUCGAUGAUUCGCGAGGGUGCCAGUGGGGAGGGCAGUCUCCUGCAGAAUGGGGGCCAAGCGACUAUAGAGGUCAUCCGCCUGCCAGAGCUUGAGGCUAAAGGUGUCAACCCAUGGAGGAUCAGCAGCCAGUCUGUCACGCCGGCUUGGGUUCUGGGAAAUCAGGGGGUUCUCGAGGGACUGCAUGCCCAGAGCUCGUAA